AUGAAGGAGCUAGGGUCGCAACUCACUGGUUUUUCACACCACCAUAGCCUCGCACUCUUCUCCAUGGAGAGAGUGGAUGACACGAACCCAGUCCCAGCUCCCAACGACAGGCAGUUGGAAGAACUCACACGACUGAGAUACCGCCGUGAACUCCGAAUCGACCGCCGCACGGUGAUACUUGAAGUCUCCAUCAUCGUUGAUUGGAUUGGAGUGAUGAUGCAGCAUACGAAUGGCCCCCAACUACAUCUGGAUGAUAUUCUGGAGCCGUUGGAACCACGACUCAAUUAUCUACUCCAGAAGAUGACUGACCUGCGCAACGAAGAGUUGGCUGAUCGUCGCCGGGAACAGUCUAUCUGGGCAAGUGUCGCGUAG